AUGCAUGGCUGCUACUCCUCCAAAGGAGAGGAUCGCCUGUUCAAGAUAAUGUUCAGCCGCUUCACCAAGUACAUCAGACCAGUGGAGAAUGUGUCUAAUCCUGUUAUGGUCCAGUUCGAAGUCUCCAUGUCCCAACUAGUGAAAGUGGAUGAAGUCAAUCAGAUACUGGAAACCAAUCUUUGGCUGCGACAUAUCUGGAACGAUUAUAAGCUGCGAUGGAAUCCAGUUGACUUUGACGGCAUCGAACAAAUCAGAGUCCCAUCAGACAAGAUAUGGAAGCCAGAUAUUGUGCUGUACAACAAUGCUGUGGGAGAUUUUCAAGUGGAAGACAAAACCAAGGCAUUACUCAAGUAUGAUGGCACUGUUACCUGGAUCCCUCCUGCAAUCUUUAAAAGUUCCUGCCCAAUGGACAUCACAUAUUUUCCAUUUGACUAUCAGAACUGUUCAAUGAAGUUUGGAUCAUGGUCCUAUGAUAAAGCCAAGAUUGACCUGAUUAUCAUAGGAUCCAAAGUCAACCUGAAAGACUUUUGGGAAAGUGGUGAGUGGGAGAUCAUAGAUGCUCCAGGAUAUAAACAUGACAUUAAGUACAAUUGCUGUGAAGAAAUCUAUACAGAUAUCACAUAUUCAUUCUACAUACGGAGACUGCCCUUGUUUUACAGUGUCAACCUGAUCAUUCCCUGCUUGUUGAUCUCCUUUCUGACUGUUUUGGUCUUUUACCUGCCUUCUGACUGUGGAGAGAAAGUUACUUUGUGUAUAUCUGUCCUGCUCUCCUUGACCGUCUUUCUGCUGGUGAUCACUGAAACAAUCCCCUCCACCUCUCUGGUAAUCCCACUGAUUGGCGAGUACCUCUUAUUUACAAUGAUCUUUGUGACCCUCUCUAUUGUUAUAACAGUCUUUGUCUUGAAUGUCCACUACCGAACUCCAACCACUCACACCAUGCCUGGGUGGGUUCGAAAGAUCUUCCUUCACUUCCUCCCAAGAGUCAUGCUGAUGAGAAGGCCCUUGGGCGAAAAGCAACCAGAGAAAAGCAGAGGUGCACGAAGAAAAGCCAACUGCCCCAAAACGGAUACCACCAACUACCUUGAAUAUGGUGACUUCAAGAUACCCAAAGAGCAGCCAAUAUGCUCUUGUCGGCAUCCGAAAGAGUCCUGUGAGUCAGUUCCCUGUAGCCUGAGCAGACAAGUUAGCCCGCAGUCACUUAAUGCUCUGUUCGCUUUCUCAGUCCUUUCUCCUGAGGUCCAUCAGGCAAUAGAUUGUGUCAAAUACAUUGCAGAGAACAUGAAGAGCCAGAAUGAAGCCAAAGAGGUGGAAGAUGACUGGAAGUACGUAGCCAUGGUAAUUGACAGGAUAUUCCUGUGGGUAUUUGUGCUGGUUUGUAUCCUAGGAACUGCAGGCCUGUUUCUGCAGCCUUUGAUGGCUUGAAAGAAAAUCUUCUGCUUACCAUACCUGAAGAUGGUGAAAAUGGGAGUUGAAAAAGUAGUGGCUCACAAUGAGAUUCAUUAGUAGUGACUCAAAGUCGCU